AUGUUUCGUUUAGAGGAAUAUGGAGGGAGCCGGUGGUCUGGGACGGUGGUUCGAGCCUCAAGGUCUCCAGUCCAGCAGCCUGCUAAGGUAAAAUCCUUGGGUCUCUCCUGUGUCGUCUGCGGGGACACGAGCUCCGGGAAGCACUACGGGAUUCUCGCCUGCAACGGCUGUUCCGGAUUCUUCAAGAGGUCCGUUAGAAGGAAACUCAUAUACAGAUAUAUGACUGGCGGAGCAAAUUCCAUGAGGCUUCGACAACAACUUGAUCAGUUGUAG